CAAGUAAAACCAAACAAAAAACCAAACCUACCAAGAUGUUCAAGUUCGUCGCCGCCGUCAUCUUCGCUCUGUUUGCCUGCGUGGCCGCCAAGCCCGGAAUCGUGGCUCCUCUGGCCUACUCCGCCCCCUACGUGGCGUCUCCAUAUGUGGCAUCUCCCUACGUGGCAUCCCCCUACGUGGCUGCCCCCUACACCGCUGCCUACACCGCUGCCUACGCCGCCCCCUACACCACCGCCUACACUGCUCCCUAUGCCGCCUACACCUCUCCUCUGCUCCUGAAGAAGUAGAUUCCCGGAAGGAUGAUCAACUUAAGAGGAUAGCACACGGACACUUGCAAUGAAACUGAAAUAAACUCGCAAACAAACGAACAUAUUUGUCUUUUACUCGG